UUUGUUUUCGCAAUUUAAAAAUCAAAACAAUAAAAGCUUUUCCAGACAAAAGAGUUAAUUUAACAUCCAAAAAGUGUUACCAAAAAAGUGUUGACACAAAAGAUGGCAAACAAUGGCUAGGAACAGAAACAGCUGAUGGGAAACAAGUCGAAAACCACCCCCGCCACAGGAAGGGAACAAAACAGAGAAGGGCGAGAGUCUCAGCUCAUUUGCGCUUUACAUCUGCUGCGGUGGAGAUAAGUUUCUCUUGCUGAUUCAAAACUUAAUUCAAGUAUCGGAGCCCCAGCAACCACAGAUGCUGCUAAAGUAUUGACAGUAGUCAAGCCGCCCUGCCCCCGUCUGGAAAUGAUUCGGACGUUGUGAAAUAGUGGGCUUAGUCAUCGGAUCCGAGGAAAUCCCCUCUAGAAAUGGCUCUGGCCAGCGCUGCCGCUGCCCUCUUGAAGGGCUCCCAAACGCCGCUGCAGCAACUCCUGGAAGACAUCAACUUUCAGCGGACCAAGGAGAUGCGCCAGUUGCUCAAGGAUGAUGGCGGAUUUGUGGUACUUCAGGGCACCACCUACUGGACGGACCUGUUCGUGCGCCACUUCCUUUUCCAGACGGAGCCAGUGCACAGCAUCGACUCGGACGAUCUGCUUUUCUUUGUGCGGAAGAAGCACGUAAAAAGCUCCUCGCGCCACAUGCCAAAAUUUGAGACUGAAGUGGAGGUAUUCCGCAAGGACUCGCGCAAACUGCCAAUCGGCGAUCCCGAUGUAGACUGGGAGGAGACAGUGUACCUCAACAUGGUGAUCCAUCAGUUUGAUUACACUUUGACCCUGGCCAUCUGUACCAGGACCUCGCCCAAGGAGCUGCAGGUUUUGAGGAGGCAUUCACAGCGUGUCUAUGCGAGUCCUAGUCGCCGGAAGAUGGACACCAAGGGAGAGGGCGAGGAGAUCACCUAUCCUCACAUCUGCUUCAUGGUAGACAACUUCGAUGAGGUGUUCAGCGACAUCCUGGUGCGCGAUGGAGAGAUGGUCUGUGUGGAGCUGGUGGCCAACGACAAAGAUGGAGCGGUGCAGGGAGUGAUCUUUCUGGGUUCCAUUCGCUACGAUGCAUUGAAGAAAGUCUACGAUGCCAGGCAAUCCAGUCUGAGCUCCAAGGUGGCGCAACGCAUGUCCUUUGGCCUCUUUAGUAGCGGAGCCGGAGUCCAAACUCGCUGCGAAUUCGUCCGUAUGAAGGGACCUCAGGGAAAGGGCCAUGCGGAAAUGGCGGUCACCAAGCCGAAGGGUUCCGGGGUGGAAACGCCCACCAGCGAGCCGGGCUUCUGCGCCACGGACAUGUGGGAUGAGUGGGAGGAGGAAAACGACGACUACUGCACGUAUCGCCACCAAAGACGCCUCAGUGAUCCGAGUGCCAAUCUGAACAACUUCUCCCGCUACGGUUGGCGCACAAAGAACUCCAACAACCCGGACAUGGUGGGCAGCGGCACCAGUUCCAGUGUGGGAGCCAAGGCGCGCUCGGAGAACGAGGGUCUCGAUUCGCUGGCCAGCGAGGUGUCCGAGAUCGAGGCUGGGGACUUGCGCGACGAUCAGCAACGUCCUGCUUUCUCGGCCUCCGCGGCAAAACUGCACCCAAAUCCGAACUGCGAAGCCCACAAACAAGCUUCCGGUGACCCACAACAAGAUACGGUGUCCCAUACGUCUCCUGGGAGCUCACCGGAGAUCCCAGCUGCCGCUGCUGUACCGGCAGUGACUCCGCCACCACUUAGUGCUGCCGUCGAAGUCACGGUCGUCGGGGAGAGUAAUGGAACUGGACAAAGCUCCUCAACGGGAUGCAACUGCUUCGGUGGUAAAAAGUGCAAGAAGCGCUGGGCAGCGGGCAAGAGCUCCGACACUCCGGAGAUGUCCGAGGUAUACUGCCCCAGCUGCGAGGAUCCGUCCAAUGAGUCGCCCGCCUGUCUGGCCAAGAUGCCGGACAAGCGACCCACGCGACUCCAGAAACCCAAGGCAUCUAGCAUACUGAGUGUGGAGAGCGAGCUGGUGGUAGGGAAGAGGAGUAGUUUCAGGCUGCCAUCGGAGAGUAAGCGCAAGCAGCAGGGUGGAGGCAUAACCAGGAGCGCCUCCCUGAGCGCCGCCGAUCGCAGAACCAGCAUUCCCACGGCCAACAAGAAGAUUAUUCCCCCCAGACUACGCUCGGCCAAGAACAAGGAUCAGGAUAAGUCGAAAGACAAUGACAAAGAUAAGGACAAGAACAAGGAGAACGACAAGAAGUCCUCCAAUCAGAAGGUUAAUGGCAGUUUCCUGUCCAAAAUGUCACCCAAACGACUUAAAGGCGGCAAGGACAAGGACAAGGACAAGGAGGGCGACAAGGAAAAGGGGAAAACGAAUGCUCCAGCCAAAAAUAAAGCGGCAAACAACAACAAUCCUAAGCCGGAGGAGAGCUCCAAAAGCGACGAGUACGAAAUAGCCGAUGAUGCCACUUCCCUGAAUGGCAGUGAGUCGGAGGGAGCUGCCGCCAAGAUGGCCAUUCUCAGUGAGAGCGACAGCAAGCUCAUGAUCAGUGUGCGAGGACGCGAGGAGCUGCCUGUGGUGGAGUCCCCCAAGACGCCGCCGAAGCGCUUCGAGAAAUGUGUUCGGGUUCCCGUCGGAGAAUCGGAGAAUCAUCCACUGCAGCCAAACGAAAACAAUGAGAACUUGGAGGUGCUCGACGAAAACAAAGUAAUCUCACCCACGGAACUAACGCCCAUGUUGGACGUGGCCAAUGGGAAUCAGGAGCCAUCGAGUGCUACCCUACCGCGGACCGCAAAACAGGCGCAUGUCAGUAAAAUGAUGCACCUGGUGCCCAAACGCAGAACUCCCGAUGGCACUAACAUAUACUACUGGUGCGAUGUGCCCAAAAAGGCACUAAAAGAGCUAGACGAUGGCGCUUAUAAUCCCCUGUGGACCAGUCGUGGCUUUACACAAUCCUUUCAUUUUUGGAAGGAAAACCGAAGACAGCAGUCCACUCCGCUCAACGCAUUCCUCACAUAUGUGACACUGCCCUGGUGGAGCAUUGCAAAGGAUCUUUUGGAUCACCGGGAAACGCCUAUUUUGACUUUUUAGUAUUAACUUGAUUUGCGAUUGUGAUUAUUCUUUAUAGUCCCUAUAUGCUUUAUAGUCCUCACAUGUACUACACGAUCGAAUGCCAACCAUGUGAUCACUCUCAGUUCAAUCUAUCAGUAUAGAUUUGCUUUGUUCUUGACCAACGUUAAGUUUCCUAAAGCGCAUCCACACGGAUCCAACUAUACAAAUUUAUAAGCUACGAACUACGAACUACGAACUACGGAUAGUUGACGAUAGACGACACUGUUACCGAUGAUAUGGGAAUAUAUACAAAUUGUAAUAUUAUUUGUAAAUUGUACGGCAACAUUUACACCACGAAAUAUAUUCGAAAUAGAAAAAA